AUGCGCUUUUUUAUCGAAGACCUUUUCACCCAAACCAGAGACACUGACCCGGAUCUGCGGUUUAUGGCCCUCAAUGAUCUCGAAAAGGAGAUCGUGAGCAACCCAGAUGCGUUUUCGAGCGAGAACCGGAUUCAGUACGCCAAGAUACUUCUCCACUGUCUUGACGACGAGUUUCCCGAGGUUCGCACACAGGCGUUGAAGUGCUUUGAGACGCUCACUCCGCGUCUUGGCGGCUACGUGGUAUCUGUGGUGGCCGCCUUGAGCAAGAAGAAGCCCGAGAAAAUCUCCAUCACCUCCACCAUCUACACCAUGGCGAUCCAUAACGUUCUGAAGAAUUUCGUUGCCAAUGAGUCUGUGGCGCGCGACGUGGCGAACUGCGUGCUGGGCGAGGUGUUUGGCGUGGGGACCGCUGCGUUCUACACCACCAUAGACUACAUUGAGAUCGUGACCGACCUCAUUGAAUAUCUGGGCAAUUACCUGACUACUGCCCAGCUGAACAACAUAGCCGAGCUGCUGGCCAAGGCCUGCUACGGCGCGGACAUAGUGAUUGCAAAAAAGUCUGUUUUGGCCCUUGGACUGGUGGCUAGAAACUUCACCUCUGUCGACCAGCUGCAAAAGCUCGUUUCCCUGGUCAAUGAAACCGCUACACACAAACAGCAGGACACCACACUGAAGGUGCUGAGCAAUCUUGUGCGCUCAAACGCCAAGCUGAUGGCCCAGAUCGUCCAGCAGGUGCACCCGACUGUGCUCGACGGACUGUAUCUGGAUACUCUGGGCGAGCCCGACGACGACUUCGACGCCCAGCAGGAGACGGAGGAGACCCGUACCGAGGCGCUCGGAUGCCUGGUGGCCAUGUUCGAGUUUCUGCCGAUGGAAGAGUACGUUUCUGGCUCGCUGGAACUGGCUGCGCGCUUUAUUGGCUACAAUCCGUAUAAAGACGACGCAGAGGAGGAGCUGGAGGACGAGGACGAGUACGAACUUUCUGAUCUUGACGACGACGACGACGACGAGGGGUCUGGGCUGUCGUGGAAGCUGCGUCGCGAAUCGGCAAGACUCGUCAGUGUUAUCCUCGAGAAACACCCGUUGGCUCUCACGACGGUUUUCCAAUCGGUCUUCGAGCCUCUCUUGUGCCAGCUGCAGGACGACAACGGGGCUGUUGUUUCGGAGGCGCUACGCACGCUCACCAAAAUCUUCCGCUUCAGUGUCCAGGACGGGCCGUACUACACGUUGAAAUUCUUUAACUCUCUGAACGACUAUGCGAGCGGCCGUCGGGGAUCGGACGUCAGCAUGCAGAGCGACGAGGACCCGUCCGUGUAUCUGGGCAGCAAGAGUGCGCACAUCUGCGAGUCGUUCAGCAAACUGCUUGUGGCCAAGAACUCGACGAAACUCUCGUUGCUGCACGACUUCUUUGUGGAGUUUUCGAAUGCGACAGACGGCUGCGAGUCCGAAUGGACGCCGGCUCUGAUGAACAAGCUACUGGACUUGAGAGAAUCCAGCAUCACGUCUGAGGUGAUCAAGUUUUAUACUGCUGUUCUGAGAAAGUAUUCUCUGGCAGACCUCGGAAGCAGCUCCCAGAGAAUCAUUGCCGAUAUUGUUGGCUGCGUGGCAUCCUCGUCCAAUCACGAGCUCGUGCUGGAGGCUCUGGGAUUACUCACAGACGUGCUCGAGCACGAGCCGGGCGCACAGCUCCCGAGCGUCGAAACGGCACUUAUAGAAAAAGCCUCCAACAAGAACUACUCGACCGAGAUCCGGCAGAAAGCGCUCGUGUGUCUGUGCUCGCUGGUCACCAAAUCGGAGGUUUCCGAUUUGCAAACGGCGCUGAAAGUGUUUGUGGACACCAUAACGAUCGAAUUCCUGGUGGCCGUGGAUCUGCAGUGUAUUGAGACUAUAGUUUCUCGCAUUUCGCAAAACCUCUCCAGCGACUGGUAUCAUCCAAUCAUUUUGCAGCUGGUGGAGUAUCUCACGAUUUCUGAGCUCCAGGCGCAGAGCUUGAACACGCUGGCCAGCCUGUCAGCCAACCUGGACGAGAAGGAGGGUCUCCUGGUUUUCGACCGCGUUGUUGCGGCCAGUGAAGCCGGCAAAAUCGCUCCAGAAAAUACUGUGCGCGUGUGCAAGAUCUUGAGCGUGCUGGCUACCAAGAUGGCCGUUCCGGACGUCGACCGACUCAUCGGAUUGCUCGUGCAGUUCUCUAGAGCCCCUAGCUUCGACCAGGACACACUGGCCGAGCUAACCAACGCCAUACUGGGCCAAAAACCGGCCAAGCAGUUUAUUGAGGUUGUGCUGCAGCACGGCACCCAUAGCGACCCAAACGUGUCCAAGAUCCUGGGUUUGGUGAGCGUGAGUGACAAGAACUUUGCCUCUAUUGACGAGACGCUACGGAACCUGAACAACAGCGAAAACGUGCUGUUUUCGAUCACGUUCCUGGACCAGGUGUCCAAAUCCAUGGAUCUGGACGUUGGACUGGCGCCGUUUGUGCGCCAUCUCAAUGGGGACGACGAGAUUAAGAACGCCGCCAUCUCAGCGAUCGCCACUAUUGUCUCACGCAACCCAGACAAAUAUCUGGACGAGUUGACAAAGCAGCUUGAGUUGGGGGCCACGGUUCCCUUGCUGCAGGCACUAAAAACCGCUUUACAGAAAAUCAAUCUCGACACGGCGUCGUCCAGACAUCUAUUCGACAUGCUACUCAAAUCCGAGCUUGGAAAGAGCGACGCCGUGGAAGCAGCCGCCGGAAUAGUAGCGCUUCUUGCAGUCCACGGCUCGCUGCUGCCGGACAUGUGCUCCAUUCUGUCGGCCGGCCCGUCACGGACACAAAAGCUGGUGCUGGGGUCCACCACCAAACACGUGCUUGUGGACCCAUCGCUGGAGUCAGACUUGAUCUUACUGUCCAGGUAUCUUGAGCUUACGUCGGCCGAAGAGUACAUUUUCAGUGCAGACCUGGAACUCAAGCAACUCGGGGUUUCUAAUCUCAUCUUCGCCCUGCACAAAAAGCCCCUGGUUGCUCUUCCGCUGGUCUCCAAGAUCAUGCCGCGCGUGCUGGAAACAGAGCUCGAGCAGAAGAAAGAGUACGUUGAGGUGGUCCGGAUCGGUCCUUUCAAACACAAGCUGGACAACGGCCUGAACUACAGAAAGGGGCUGUACGAGAUGGUGUACACGCUGCUGACCACUCUUGAGACCAGCCCGCAGUUUUUGGUGAUCAGCCAGAUCGACUGGAGCCUGGUUUUCGAGAGGUUUGUGGCCAGGGCGUUCAAGGACGACCCAACGGUCAUUUUCAUCUGUCUGCUGACGCUCAUCAAGAUUAUCAACCUGAAACCGACGAUUUUCGCUGGAAAUCAGACGCUCGAAAAUUUCGUCGCGGCAUGUUCGAAGGUGCUGGACAAGAAACUCAAGGACGACGCUCCGAAGCAGGAGCUCGAGAAACGCAACGACACCGUGCGGGCCGUCCUCAGAUGCUGCAAAAAAAUCAACACCAUGGUGGAGUCCGGCCAGCUGAAGCUGGACAGCUACUCGAGCUGGUCGAACUUUGUCAGCGCAUUAAAAACCAAGUACCCUAUCUUCGACGUUGAUGAGUGA